AUGAGUGCAGCGAUGUUUCAAGGUAUGGUUAUCCCCAACUACUACCCCAAGGAAGUUCCCCACGACGCGUGUUCCGACGGAUACCACAGUCCAGUGUCCAGCCCGGGGGGUUACUACCCAGCGUACACCCCUACACCUACCCCUCCCAAGUACCAAGACCCUGGACCCUCCGACACCUGGCAGAAGGACUACGUGGAAAACAGCUACGGGAGGUUCUACGAAGAACCGAGGUGGAAGCAGCAGUGGAGUCAAGACAACGAUGAGCCCCGAAGAAGAUCUUCAGGAGUGGAUGUAGUGAAACGACGUCGACUUGCAGCGAACGCCAGGGAGAGACGUCGAAUGAACAACUUGAACGACGCCUUCGACCGCCUCCGAGACGUCGUACCUUCCCUUGGGAACGACCGAAAGCUCAGCAAGUUCGAGACAUUGCAGAUGGCGCAGACGUACAUAUCAGCGCUGCAUGAACUUCUUCAGCGGGACUAA